UUAUCCUUCACCCGAAUUAGAGUAUUCAGCCGUCGCUAAAUCCCUUCCGAUCAUCGCUUAUCAAUCUCGGAAGCUAAAUCUCCCGUGCUGAAUCUCCUGCCUCCGCCGACAAUGUCCGCGACGAUUUCCUCCAUGAAUGCCGCGGCGGCUAUGCAAUCCCUGAGCUUUUCUCGGCGGCUCGCCCCGUCUUCUCGCCGGAUCUCCUCGCCGCCGGUGACCGUCUCCGGAGUCUCUGGCAGAAUCUCCGGCAAAGUCCCUUCAUUUCGCUCGAUCAAAUGCGUUACUGUCUCGUCAGAGGCUUCGAUAGUCAGUGAUGCAAAAAGGUUUGCAGAAGCUUCCAAUUGCACAAACCUCGUACCAAUUUACCGAUGUAUAUUCUCCGACCAGCUCACUCCGGUUCUUGCUUACCGAUGCCUGGUUAAAGAAGAUGAUCGCGAGGCUCCAAGCUUUCUUUUUGAAUCAGUGGAGCCUGGCUCUCAGAUGUCAAGCGUUGGUCGCUAUAGCGUUGUCGGGGCUCAGCCCGCGAUGGAGAUUGUGGCAAAAGAAAACAAGGUUAUUGUAAUGGACCACAAGAAUGAAACUUUGACCGAGGAGUACGUUGAAGAUCCAAUGACGAUCCCGAAAACAAUCUCGGACUCUUGGAAACCCGAUCCUCAACUAGUUCAGGACCUCCCAGACGCGUUUUGUGGCGGGUGGGUCGGUUUCUUCUCGUAUGACACCAUUCGCUACGUUGAGAAGAGGAAGCUUCCAUUUUCAAAGGCCCCUGAAGAUGACAGGAACUUGCCAGACAUACAUCUUGGUCUGUACGAUGAUGUAAUCGUAUUUGAUCAUGUGGAAAAGAAAGCAUAUGUUAUUCACUGGAUUAGACUAGACGGGAAAUCUUCCUUUGAGAAGGCAUACAGCGAUGGAACGCAACAUCUAGAAAAGUUGGUGGCUAAGUUGCAGGAUAUCGAUCUGCCAAGGCUGCCCGCAGGUAGCGUGAAUCUUCAGACACGUCAAUUUGGGCCGUCUUUGAAGAAAUCAAACAUGACGUGCGAAGAGUAUAAGGAAGCAGUGGUGAAGGCUAAAGAGCAUAUACUCGCAGGGGACAUCUUCCAGAUUGUAUUGAGUCAACGUUUCGAACGGAGGACAUUCGCCGAUCCCUUCGAAGUCUAUAGAGCUCUACGAGUCGUGAAUCCAAGUCCAUAUAUGGGUUAUUUGCAGGCCAGGGGCUGCAUUAUGGUGGCAUCAAGUCCCGAGAUUCUCACCAGAGUAAAGAAGAACAAGAUAGUGAACCGACCCUUAGCGGGAACGAGCAGGAGAGGAAAGACGGCCACUGAGGAUGAGAUGUUUGAGAAGGAGCUGCUAAAUAACGAAAAGCAAUGUGCAGAACACAUCAUGCUGGUCGACCUGGGUCGCAAUGACGUUGGAAAGGUGGCGAAGUACGGUUCCGUGAAGGUAGAGAAGCUUAUGAACAUCGAACGAUAUUCCCAUGUUAUGCAUAUCAGCUCCACGGUGACGGGAGAGUUGCAAGAUGAUCUCACUUGCUGGGACACUCUCCGUGCCGCCUUGCCAGUAGGAACAGUUAGCGGAGCGCCAAAGGUAAAGGCAAUGGAACUGAUCGACGAGUUCGAGGCGACAAGACGAGGACCGUACAGCGGCGGAUUUGGAGGGGUCUCGUUCACAGGAGACAUGGACAUAGCUCUGGCGCUUCGGACAAUAGUCUUCCCGACAGGAACUCAGUACAACACAAUGUACUCUUACAAGGACUCGAACAAACGCCGAGAGUGGGUGGCUUACCUUCAAGCAGGAGCGGGCAUCGUAGCUGACAGCGAUCCUGACGAUGAGCACCGCGAGUGCCAGAACAAAGCCGCGGGCCUUGCCCGUGCCAUUGACUUGGCUGAAUCGGCUUUCGUCAACAAAUGAAAGGGAUAUGAUUUUCUUUGGCCUGAGAUCAUGAAGGCUCAGAGAGACAGAAGUAGAGGAAGAGUUUAUACUUUCUCCAUCUCCAUGUGUAUAAAAGCAAGCUCUUCAUUUUGAUUUUUUCCCUUUUUUAUUGUAGAUUUGUAUUUUUGGUUAAUGGAUGGGACAAUUGUAGUGACGAUUUCGAUUUCAUUCAUUGGAAACGCUCUGUAACUUUGCCGGAAUGAAAUUUGUGGAAUUUGGGUCUCGCCUAAA